AUGUCAUGUACAACACUCAUAUUGUACACAUGUUCACCUGUCUUUGUUACUCCAUACUUUGUACACAAAGAUGUAGCUGACUCACAACCUCUCAGAUUUACCUAUUACGAUAACGUGAGCAGCUGCACUCUCUCUGGCCGUAGUUCUGAGGGCAGCAUCAACCUAGAGAAGACACUAGCUAGGUACUACAGGCUAAGCAACCCCAAAGAUGACAAUGGCUCUGACUACGAGAAUGUAAACAAAAAUGGCGAUUCCGAGUACGAAAAUGUGAAUGAGGAUGGUGACUCUGAAUACGAAAAUGCCAAAGAUUUUGAUGACUCUGACAGUGAGAGCAUCAGAGAGUUCUUCUACCCUAGUGUCCCCCUAGAGCGUAAAAAUUACGAUUUAGAAAAGCCUCCACACAGUAUCCAGCAAUUACCAGACAAUAGAAUGGGCAGUUUUAGGCCACAUAAUCUAGCUCUGCCGGAGCUCCAGUCGUCAUGCUACACAGCAGAUUGCGAGUGUUCAGACUCAGAAUCUAGUAUCUCACAGUGGCAGGAUGAUGAUGAUGAUGAGGACUUUAGGUAUAUGAAUUCAGACCUGCCUGAUUGUGACAACCCAUUUUGGCAUGAGGGGAACUACACCUCACCUGAAAGUGAUGACCCUUUUUGGGACGGGAACACCAAUGCUUGUGCCUCAGACAGGGAGCUUCAUCAGCGUGGCAGAGAAUCGGAUAGUCUCUAAUUCAGGAACAGGAUAAAAGAAAAGAGGGGAACUAGAGGAAAAGAAGAAAAUGAAUACCCUCAGGUACCCGAACCCAAUAUCUCUGGGAAUCGC